AUGUUUGGAUUACGAUAUACUAGCCGGUAUAUCCUCAGAAAUAGCACAUGCUCGAAUCACGUGACUUUACUUAAUGGUUUAACGCCAUUAUUGGUGGCAAAUUUUAACACUGCAGGGUGGAAUCCUAGCAAGAAGCCACCUUCUCUUAGGUAUACUGAACCUUAUAUUAGCCAGAACCCCUCUACUGUAAGAAAUAUGUCUUCAAAUCCUGAAUUAGUUUGUUUGGGUAACCCAUUGUUAGAUUACCAAGCUACUGUUGAUGAAAGCUAUCUGAAGAAGUACUCUUUGAAGAGCAAUGAUGCGAUCUUGGUCGAGGCUGGUGACGAUAAAAUGAAAAUCUUUGAAGAGUUACUGGAAUUCCCAGAUGUCAAAUUCGUUGCAGGUGGUGCUGCUCAAAAUACCGCUAGAGGUGCAGCCUAUGUGUUGGGUGAAGGCAAGGUCGGCUACUUCGGCUGUGUUGGUAAAGACAAAUACAGUGAAUUGCUGUUACAAAAAAACACAGAUGCAGGUGUUAUCUCAAUGUACCAAGUGGAGAACGCCGUGGGGACUGGAAAGUGUGCUGCCCUAAUUACAGGUCAUGACCGGUCAUUGGUUACUGAUUUAGGCGCUGCAAACCACUUUAAAGCUGAGCACUUGGAUGCACACUGGGACGUCGUUGAAAAUGCUAAGAUGUUUUACAUAGGUGGUUUCCACUUAACUGUAUGUCCUGAAGGGAUAGUUAAGCUCGGUAAACAUGCUCAAGAGACUGGGAAGCCUUUUGUUUUGAAUUUAUCUGCUCCUUUUAUCCCUGUUGUGUUUAAGUCCGCAUUAGAACAAGCUCUGCCAUAUGCUACGCAUAUAAUUGCGAACGAGUCCGAAGCAGCAGCUUAUGCGGAAGGUUUCGGUUUGGAUGUUGCUAAAGAUGAUUUGGAAACCAUUGGCAAACACAUCGUAGGUGAUUCGCCAAUCAGAACUGUAAUCUUUACUCAAGGUACUGAGCCUACCAUCGUGAUCUCUGCCAGCGGUAUUAAAACUUAUCCAGUUAAACCAUUGGAAGCCUCCAAAAUAGUCGAUACCAAUGGUGCAGGUGACGCUUUUGCAGGUGGUUUCAUGGCGGGUUUGGUUCAAGGGAAGGACAGUUCCACUGCUAUUUAUAUGGGCCAAUGGUUGGCUUCACUGUCUAUACAACAGGUUGGACCAACCUACCCUGAAGAAAAGCUAGAAUACCAAAACUAA